GACACUAGCAAGGCUAAGCUCCAAGCUCGAGCUCCUCCCGCACGAGCGCUUAAACUCACUAUCGGCACGCUAGGACUGCUUUCAUCAAUUAACGUAUCAGGCGACUGCCGCCGACACGUUGUGACCAGCUCUUCGCCUUGCAAGCAGCUCCAAACACAGACCUCCAAACGCAGAGGCGAAUCGCAGCGAGCGCGGCCCGGGCCGACCAUGACCAGCCUCAACGUCCUCCGGGUCACGAAUCUCACGCGCCAGGUCACGGCCGCGCACCUGCGCGAGGUCUUCGGCCACUUCGGCGACGUCGCCCGCGUGGACCUGGCCGUCGACGCGACGGUGGGGCUGAGCCGCGGC